UAAUGAAAAAUUCGACCCCUUCUUCCACCUAACCCCGCAAAGAACGCCAAGACUUGACGUAGCCACCACAAGGGUAAGGAGGGCUGUGCGAGUCGUCCGUGCACGUCUCAGCCGGGGUGGCGGGGCCCGGCCCAGCCACUCGGUAAGGGGUAGCGCGUGGCCGCCAGACACCUCCUCCUGCUCCGAAGAAAAGGGCAGUCGGAACGCGGCCCUCUUCUCCCGGUCGCUCCAGAUCCACGCGGCCCGCUCACGCCGCGCCCCUUGCUCCUCAGUCCACGCCGCCUGCUCUCGGACCAUACUGCCCGCCGCUCCAUCCAUACUGCCCGCUCCCAGUCCCAGCCACCGCCACCAGGCCGCCCGCUCCCGGGCCACGCCGCCCGCGUCCCGCAGCGAACUACAACUCCCACAAUGCCACGCUACCGCCCCCCGGCUUCCGGUGCUGCGCAGUUUCCGGAGCGGAUCGCAACCCGGAGUCCGGAUCCGAUCCCGCUCUGCACAUUCCAAAGGCAGGUGGCAGCGAUGGCCGAGGACGGCAGUGAGGAGAUCAUGUUCAUCUGGUGUGAAGACUGCAGUCAGUACCACGACUCCGAGUGUCCGGAGCUGGGCCCCGUGGUCAUGGUCAAGGACUCCUUCGUGCUGAGCAGGGCCAGGUCGUCCCUCCCUUCCAACCUGGAGAUCCGGCGGCUGGAGGACGGAGCCGAGGGCGUGUUCGCCGUGACGCAGCUCGUCAAGCGGACCCAGUUCGGCCCCUUCGAGUCGAGGAGAGUCGCCAAGUGGGAGAAGGAGUCCGCGUUUCCGCUGAAGGUGUUCCAGAAGGACGGGCACCCCGUGUGCUUCGACACCUCCAACGAGGACGACUGCAACUGGAUGAUGCUGGUGCGGCCGGCGGCGGAGCCCGCGCACCAGAACCUGACGGCCUACCAGCACGGCGGCGACGUGUACUUCACCACCUCCAGGGACAUCCCGCCGGGCACUGAGCUGCGCGUGUGGUACGCCGCCUUCUACGCCAAGAAGAUGGACAAGCCCAUGCUGAAGCAGGCCUGCCCCGGGGCCCACGCUGCAGGCGCCCCGGAGAGCAGCGCCCCCGUGGAGUCGGAGCCGAGCCAGUGGGCGUGCAAGGUGUGUUCCGCCACCUUCCCGGAGCUGCAGCUCCUGAAUGAGCACCUGCUGGGCCACUUGGAGCAAACCAAGAGCCUCGCCCCGGCCAGCCAGCAGGAAGGGGCUCCGGACAAGGAACCAGACGCGUCUCGGGGGGAGCCUCCCGCGGUUCCCAAGAGCUUCAGUGCCGCCAAAGAGCAGAAGAAAAAGCCUCGAAGAGGGAGAAAACCCAGAGCCUCGAAACCAGAGCAGCCGCUGGUCGUCAUUGAAGGCAAGGAGCCAGCAGAGCAAGUGGCGGAGAUCGUCACCGAGGUGCCACCGGACGAGCCGGCGGCUGCAACCCCGGACGAGCACAUCGUGGAGCUGGUUUUGGGGAAGCUGGCCACCACCCCCAGCGACGCCACUUCCGUGCCCAAGUUCCCCCAUCACCAGAGCAGCAGCAUCACGCUCAAGAGGAGUCUGAUCCUCUCCAGCCGGCACGGCAUCCGGCGGAAGCUGGUCCGGCAGCUGGGGGAGCACCGGCGGGUGUACCAGUGCAGCACCUGCAGCAAGGUCUUCCAGAACAGCAGCAACCUGAGCAGGCACGUGCGCUCACACGGUGACAAGCUGUUCAAGUGUGAGGAGUGUGCAAAGCUGUUCAGCCGCAAGGAGAGUCUGAAGCAGCACGUCUCUUACAAGCACAGCCGGAACGAGGUGGACAGCGAGUACAGGUACCGGUGCGGCACCUGUGAGAAGACCUUCCGCAUCGAGAGCGCGCUGGAAUUUCACAACUGCCGGACAGGAGCCCUAGCACACCCGGGAGAGGGGGGGACCUGUGGCCGGCGGCUUAGAGACCUACCAGAUGACAAGACGUUCCAAUGUGAGAUGUGUUUCAGAUUCUUCUCCACCAACAGCAACCUCUCCAAGCACAAGAAGAAGCACGGGGACAAGAAGUUUGCGUGUGAAGUCUGCAACAAAAUGUUCUACCGCAAGGACGUCAUGCUUGACCACCAGAGGAGGCACCUGGAGGGCGUCAGGCGGGUGAAGAGAGAAGACCUGGAGACCAGCGGUGAGAGCCUGGUCCGCUACAAGAAGGAGCCUUCGGGAUGCCCCGUGUGCGGCAAGGUGUUCUCCUGCAGGAGCAACAUGAACAAGCACCUGCUGACCCACGGCGACAAGAAGUACACCUGCGAGAUCUGCGGCCGCAAGUUCUUCCGCGUGGACGUGCUCAGGGACCACAUCCACGUCCACUUCAAGGACAUCGCGCUGAUGGACGACCACCAAAGGGAAGAGUUCAUCGGCAAGAUCGGGAUCUCCUCGGAGGAAAACGACGACAAUUCUGAUGAGAGCGCAGACUCGGAGCCUCACAAGUACAGCUGCAAAAGGUGUCAGCUCACCUUCGGCCGGGGGAAGGAGUACCUGAAGCACAUCAUGGAGGUGCACAAGGAGAAGGGCUACGGCUGCAGCACCUGCAACCGGCGCUUCGCCCUGAAGGCCACCUACCACGCCCACAUGGUCAUCCACCGCGAGAACCUGCCGGACCCCAACGUGCAGAAGUACAUCCACCCAUGCGAGAUCUGCGGGCGGAUCUUCAACAGCAUCGGGAACCUGGAGCGGCAUAAACUCAUUCACACGGGUGUGAAGAGCCACGCCUGCGAGCAGUGCGGGAAGUCCUUUGCGCGGAAGGACAUGCUGAAGGAACACAUGCGCGUGCACGAUAACAUCCGGGAGUACCUGUGUGCCGAGUGCGGGAAAGGCAUGAAGACCAAGCACGCGCUGCGCCACCACAUGAAGCUGCACAAGGGCAUCAAGGAGUACGAGUGCAAGGAGUGCCACCGCAAGUUCGCGCAGAAGGUCAACAUGCUCAAGCACUACAAGCGGCACACAGGGAUUAAAGACUUCAUGUGUGAGCUGUGUGGAAAGACUUUCAGCGAGAGGAACACGAUGGAGACCCACAAGCUCAUCCACACAGUGGGCAAGCAGUGGACGUGCUCCGUGUGUGACAAGAAGUACGUCACCGAGUACAUGCUGCAGAAGCACGUGCAGCUCACCCACGACAAGGUGGAGGCGCAGAGCUGCCAGCUGUGCGGGACCAAGGUGUCCACCCGGGCCUCCAUGAGCCGGCACAUGCGGCGCAAGCACCCGGAGGUCCUGGCCGUGAGGAUCGACGACCUGGACCACCUCCCUGAGACCACCACCAUCGACGCCUCCUCCAUCGGCAUUGUGCAGCCUGAGCUGGGCCUGGAGCAGGAGGGCCUGGCCGAAGGGAAGCCGGUGAAGGCCGCCAGGAGGAGCCACAAGAGGAAGCAGAAGCCAGAGGAGGAGGCGGGGGCCCCGGGGCCCGAGGACGCGGGCUUCAGCGAGUACCCGGAGCAGGAGCCGGCACUCACGGGCGGCGUGGGCGACGAGACCGACUCGGCCGUGCAGAGCAUCCAGCAGGUGGUGGUGACUCUCGGAGACCCAAACGUGACCGCUCCGUCCAGCUCCGUCGGCCUGACCAACAUCACCAUGACGCCCAUCACCACGGCGGCCGGGACCCAGUUUACCAACCUCCAGCCGGUGGCUGUUGGACACCUGGCCGCCCCGGAACGUCAGCUGCAGCUGGACAACUCGAUCCUGACCGUGACCUUUGACACGGUCAGCGGCUCCGCCAUGUUGCACAACCGCCAGAACGACCUGCAGCUGCACCCGCAGCCGGAGCCGUCGAACCCGCAGUCGGUGGCCCACUUCAUCAACCUGACCACGCUGGUCAACUCCAUCACGCCCCUGGGCAGCCAGCUCGGCGACCAGCACCCGCUCACGUGGCGGGCGGUGCCGCAGACCGACGUGCUGCCGGCCCCACCGCCGCAGGCCGCCCCCGCGCAGGCGGCGCAGCCCCAGGUGCAGGCCGAGCAGCAGCAGCAGAUGUACAGCUACUGAGGCGCCUGGCGGAGGACUCGCCGAGGGAACCCCAGACAGCUCCCCUGGCUCCGGGUGGAGGUGUGUUUGCUGGAUACCAAACAAAGAGAAAAAAAAUCAUACGUUGCAAUGUAAGUGAGGUGGACUCAGUUCUUGCAGAACUAUCUCCAGAUCCCCCAGCAGCUGUUACGGUCAGCCAGCCUGACUCGGCGGGCCGGUCGUGGGUGCCGGCAGGCUGCAGGUGCUGGGUCAGCCAGGCCGCUCGUCAGCCGGGGCUGCGCCCUGCCCUGCCCGCCGCACUCCCCGGCAGCACUGGGUCUGGCAGACACGGGGGAAGCAGGAGCAUCGGAGGCGAGCAUUGUGCUGUCAGGAGCUCAGUUACCAGGUCAGAACUCGGACGGUCUUCACAGGUCGCACGCCAGCUGCGGCCACAGGCGGCUCCCUCCUCGGGAUGGCUGUUGCAAGGGAGCCGGUAGAAGUUCAAGUCACACUGCGCCCCUGCUUCGGAAGCUGAGCCGAGUGGGCUCCUCUCACGGCUCCGGGCGGGAACCAGCAGACGGCUGCGGAGCCCGCGGCCCUCUGCCGGCCUGCGGCUCGUCCCAGGCAAGGGGCACAGAGACAGGGGGCCGCUGACUCGGGCGUGAAGGUGUCUUAGGAAUGGAAUUCGUGCAUUGAUUUUCAGGACCGUUUCUUCACUUAAGAAACUUUAUUUCAAGCACAUGUUAGUGCAUUCGAGACUCUGGUGGCCCUGUCGUUUCUACGUUUGAACGUGCUGAAGUCAUUUGCACUGUAGGACUGUCAGUCUGUGUCCGUCCCACGCGAUGCCCCGGAGCCAGGGGGCCCACCCUUGGGUGCAGCGAGGCGGCGCCGUGCUGCCGCUGCUCGGUGGUGCCUUCCGUGUGGACGCCCCACCGCCGCGUGUGUGCGUCAUGACCGAGGCUCUGCCAAAGUCCUCUGAACUGAGGAGCAGGGAGGAAAUUCACGUUUCUUUCUGUUUCAACUUGAACCCCAAAGGUCGGUGUGGCUGCAGACCAGUGGUCUGUGACUGUGGAAUAAGCUGGGAAGGCCUCGCUGCCCUGAACGGCCGUGGUGCCGCGCUCCCAUACAGCCGGGCAGUGACACCAGCAGAGGCUCGGCCACCAGGAGGAGGGUCGAUGCCCCCGAUGAGCGUGCCGAGGGACAGCCAGCCUGCUCCCCUGGGGACGCCGCUGCUGUGUGUGCGUGUGUGUGUGCGUGUGUGUGUGUGUGUGUGCAUGUGUGCGGCUGAAACACAGCAGCUGGCCUCCUGCCGCGCAGCCAGGGACACAGAAAGAAGUGUGAUUUUUUUUUUUUACUCCCCUGACGAUUUUUUUAACGCUGUCCAGAAUGAAAUGAUAGAUUUGCCUUAUUUUGUCCUUGAUCGCCCUCUGUCCCAGACCCCGUGUGACCUGGGAGUCCGUCUUGCAGGAACACUGAGUGAGUACGAGUCCGUAGUGGGUGACGGAGGCCGGAGUCGCCUCACGUUGCCAGCGAGGCCGAGGACGAUUCGUGAUGCCAGAGACCGUUCUCAGCACUUCACUUAGUUCCAACAGGGACGAUUUCGAGGGCGGGGCUAGGAUUCGUUUAGUGCAAUACACGCCUUCGUGAAGCGAGGGCAGCCCUGCCCCAGGCGGCCCCAAGGGGGCGUCCGAGUUCCCGUCACUCACUCACACGGCUCCUCCUCCACUCACGGCUCUCACCUCGGAUGAACUAGUUGUGGGAGAUCGUUUGACUUUUUAAUUUAUGAUAAUUAUUUUUAUGUUAUUUAUGUAUAUAAUUAACUGCUUUUUACAUAAUAGUUUCAUCAAAGGGAUUUUGGUGAGGGGUGAUAGAUUUUCUAAGAUAUUGUCUCCAUUCUCCAACCGUGAGGGGUCCAGGUGUCCACGGAAUCGUCCAGAGCGCCGGGAUUCCUGAGCUUUGUGUUUUUUUUAAUCACUGACGAUUUCUUUUUUGCGUUUGCAGAAUAGAAAGGGCAGGUGACCAACUAAAAAAACCCAAACGUGGUUAAACACCGGCUAUCAUCUAUCUUUUAUUCUCCUUCCCUAUGAAAUAAAGGCCUUUUAAAUCACA